AUGCCUCGCGAAAAAGAGAAGAGAGGCCGCAGGGCCGAGAAAAAGGCCCAGAAGGAUGACUCCAAGCGAAAGUUCGAGGAAGCGCCGGAUGCCCCCGUCGCAAAACGCAUUAAGCCCUCUACCGAUGAGGCCGACGAGACCAUCGAACAGCAACAAGACGAAGCUUUUGAACACAAUGAGGAUUACAUUCCUUUGGAGCAGGGAGAUGAGAUGGAUACACAGGGCCCAGAGGAAUCUGGCGAUAUGCCCUUCUAUGGUCUUCUUGACGAUGAAGAGUCGGAAUAUUUUUCUCGUGCCAACGAAAUGCUGGAGCUGAACCAAUUCCAAGACGCCGAAGAACGCAGUUUAUUCGUCGACAGUGUGUACUCAGAGGCCAAUGGCAAGGAGUUGAAGAUCGCCUGUAGUCAGGGCUGCUCGAGACUCAUGGAAAAGUUGAUCUCUAUGUCAAACGCUGAGCAGUUGCGUCGCAUCUUCAGUAAAUUCGUUGGCCAUUUCCUCCACCUGGUGCAGCACCGAUUCGCCAGUCACUGCUGUGAAACACUAUUUAUCCAUGCUGCGCCUGCGGUCAUGCAAAAGGCCAAAGCCAAGAAGCCCGACGAAGAAAAUGAAGAGGAGGAGCCUGAACUAUCUCUCGCGGAGAUGUUCAUGGCUGUUAUUGAGGAAUUGAAGGAGAACUGGGGUUUCCUGUUGACGGAGCGCUUUGCGUCGCACACAAUCCGAGUGCUGCUUCUGGUUCUUGCCGGUGAGCCGGUGGAUGUCACAUCAAACGAAUCAAUUGUCGCCAGUCGUAAAAAGGAACGAAUGGACAUCCCAACGAUUCAGGGAGAGGAGAAGCCACAACCCGAAAAGACAAAGCGGAGCGUGCCAGAGUCUUUCGAGCCAGCACUCAAGAAGAUCAUGAAUGAUAUGGUUUCCGGUAUUGACGACACUUAUCUGCGAGCCCUGGCCACCCACCCAGUGGGUAACCCCGUGCUUCAGGUUCUUCUGUUCCUGGAGCUUUCCCAUUUCGGGAAAUCCAGUGCCAAGGACCCCAAGUCUACUAUCCGUCGACUAGUUCCGGACGAGUCAUUUGAGGAGGACGGAGAGAGCGCAAUAUUUAUUCGCGGACUUCUCUACGACCCAGUUGGCUCUCGCCUUUUGGAGACAAUGGUGCGCUAUCUUCCUGGUAAGGCAUUCAAGAACCUCUACAGGAAUAACUUGGGCGAACGCAUUGGGUCUCUUUCACGAAACAGCACUGCUGGAUAUGUAGUCCUUCGGAUCUUGGAAAGACUCGGCAAGGACGAUUUGAAGAUUGCCAUGGAUCACAUUGUCCCCGAAGUGACGGGUUUAAUUGAAAGAUCAAGGCUCAUUGUCCCCAAGGUGUUGAUUGAGCGAUGCGUUGCUCGCAGUGUCGACACGAAGCCUCUUGCCGAAGCACUUGAGGCUGCUUACGACAAGGACCCCACUCUCAGACUCCAGCAAAUGCUCAAGUUCACUCCUUCGGAGAAGCCUUCGCAAUCUGAAGACCACGAUAUGGAUGGUGAGGAGGAUAUUGGCCGCAAAUCCCGCUUUGUACCUCAGGAAUCUGCGGCAGAGAAGGCAGAGAAGCUGCAUGGCUCUCUCCUGGUUCAAGCUAUGCUAACGGUCCCCGGCCCGCUCAGCCAACUUGUUUACACAAGUCUGCUUGCACAGCCCAACCACAUCAUUAUCCAACUUUCCCAAGAACCCACAUCUUCUCGUGUCGUCCAGCAGGCGCUCACUUCCUCUACAUCCACAACUCAAAUCCGCCGACAACUCACCACCCGCUUCCAGGGCCAUCUGAUGGAACUUGCUCUGAACAGCAGCGGCUCCCGUGUCGUUGAUGCCCUCUGGUCCGCAACCAAGGACAUCUUCUUCGUCAAGGAGCGCAUGGCACAGGAACUCUCUCAGAACGAAAUGGCCCUUCGUGAUUCCUUCUUGGGCCGCGCAGUCUGGCGAAACUGGUCCAUGGAUCUCUUCAAGCGCCGCCGAGGAGAGUGGACUCGCAAGGCCAAGGGCAUUGAGGAGCGAGCUGAGCACGCUGAAGGUACUGGGCGUCCCAAGUCUGGAAUUGAGUUGGCUCGCGCCCGGUACGCAGCAGCCAAGGAGGCAAGUGCUGAUGAGAACCAGCCUACAUCUACCGAAUGA